AUGCCGCCCUCAGAGCAGCUCGCCGACCAUUCCAGGUCUGAAGCAAGGCCCCCGGGAGCAGAGAGGCCUGGCACUCAGGAGAGAACCACCAAGUCUACGUUCUACUGCCGUGAACGUGUGUGUUGCCAUGUGCAGAGGCCACAGCAGCAUGAGGGUUGUGGCUUCCCUUUUCAUUUCAUGUCUCCGUUUCCAUUUCUACGGGCUUUCCCCUCAUUGUGCGCAGUAGAUGCUUUCUUCCUCCUGCAGUUCCAGGCCGUGGAGCUCUGUGAGGCUUUGCACAGACAGAACCGCUUCGCGGGGCCUCGGGCAGGAGCCAGGCCCCUCCAGGUGGAGAUGCACAGAACGGAAAUUGCACUAGGACCUCUUCUCUCGUGUGGACGGAAGAGCUCAUGGUUGUAUUCAGGGAUUGCGCGGGCCACGUGGGCUACACGUCACAGGUGGCGGACAAGUGGCUACAAGCCGUUUUGCACAAAUGCCUGCCCACCUGCCACUCUUGUCCAGGACACUCAACUGAGGGCUGGGUGGGCCAACCUGCCAGCUCAGGCAUGUGACUUGGCCUGA